UGGAAGUUAGAAAAUAAAAGGUUUUCCCUGCAGGAGAAACAGAAGUACAGUGAUAAUUAGUCCUUUGGUGCCGCCUCUUCUUCAGCAUUCACCGCUCCGAUAAUCGUUCAUAUCCUACCUCACUCUGACCUUUGAAGUUCGCAUACUCAGUGUUAUUGCUCUUCUACUUCGGAAGUAACUUCAAGGUCGGGUAAGAAAGGAGGAAAAGGAGAAACGCGAAAAUGUUUUUCCACAUAGUACUGGAGCGAAAUAUGCAGCUCCAUCCACGCUACUUUGGUCGUAACCUUCGUGAUAAUCUUGUUUCCAAGCUAAUGAAAGAUGUGGAAGGCACUUGCAGUGGUCGACAUGGAUUUGUGGUGGCAGUUACAGGGAUAGAAAACAUAGGGAAAGGGUUAAUUCGUGAUGGAACAGGGUUUGUGACAUUUCCUGUUAAGUACCAAUGUGUUGUCUUCAGACCAUUUAAGGGGGAGAUCUUGGAAGCUGUUGUCACCAUGGUGAACAAGAUGGGAUUUUUUGCUGAAGCUGGACCUGUACAAAUCUUUGUUUCCAACCACUUGAUUCCGGAUGAUAUGGAGUUCCAGUCUGGGGACAUGCCAAAUUACACUACUUCAGAUGGAUCGGUUAAGAUUCAAAAAGAUAGUGAAGUCAGACUAAAGAUAAUUGGGACUCGAGUGGAUGCUACUGAAAUUUUCUGCAUAGGUACCAUAAAAGAUGAUUUCUUGGGUGUGAUCAACGACCCUGCAACAGUUUAAAUACCCCUUUCUGUUGUACUCUUCAGUCGUAUAUAGUUUACAUUACUUGGGUUUUCCCACCUUGGAUCCUCCAACUAUAUUAUGUUGUAUUACUCGAUUGUUGUAAGUACCAAGUCGAUAAUUUUGGUUCCAGAAUUAAUAACUGAAAAUAUCAUAUAGAUCCAAAAUGUGAAUCUUAGUGAUUAUUUUGUUAUUUUUUAUGGCAUUGAGGAAGACAAUUUCUGGUUGCAAA